AUUUUGGAGCAAAAAAUUCAAUGAUCCCAUUGGAAAUUCUGACCCAGUUAACUUUUUAGACCAUCUAGGCUCUAGCCAUCCAGAUAUCGAAUUUGUACACAAAUUUAAUACCCGAAGAAUGAAGAUCGCCAAAUUCUAACAAACGACUGAAAUAAAUGAAAUUGUGGAGAAAGUAAAGGGAAAAUUGCCCAAGAGCGAAUAAUCCCAAUUCAAAAAUUCCAGUUUUUCUCCAGUCAGCAAAAGGGUCAAACCAUGGCGGCUUCAACUUCAAGCGCAGUGCUCUGAUUGUAUCCUCUGUACACUGAGCUAAAGAGGAAUAAAGAAUUCAACUAGCGAUUCCCUUCUGAAUCUCACCUAUAAGGGUCUAUUGGAACUUCUUCAUUCCGAGCUGAAGUACCCAAUAUCUUCGAGAGCUUCUCCAUUUUAACACAGAUUAAAGUGCCCAAAUGGCUGCGGCAUCAGAAGUGGGUGCGAACGGAGAGAAGACGGCGACAACAUCGCUUGAUUACUUGGAGAGUAAGGUGGUCCAUGAAACUAAGGCUCUACUUUCAGAGCUAUGCCGCCAUUUUUAUGGGCUCGGAUGGGUUUCCGGAACUGGUGGCAGUAUAACCAUCAAGGUCCAUGAUGAUGCCAUUCCCAAGCACAAUCAGCUCGUCGUCAUGUCCCCUUCUGGCGUCCAGAAAGAGCGAAUGGCACCGGAGGAUAUGUACGUGUUAUCUCCUGAUGGUUCCAUUUUAUCCUCUCCUACCGCGAAGCCAUACCCACACAAGCCUCCAAAAUGUUCAGAUUGUGGUCCCCUUUUCAUGAAGGCAUAUCAAAUGCGAGAUGCUGGAGCUGUUAUUCACAGUCAUGGGAUAGAAUCGUGUCUUGCAACAAUGAUCAACCCAUCAUCAAAAGAAUUUAGAAUUACUCAUAUGGAAAUGAUCAAAGGAAUCAAAGGGCAUGGUUACUACGAUGAACUUGUGAUCCCCAUUAUAGAAAAUACGGCUUAUGAAUACGAGCUCACAGAAUCUCUAGCUAAAGCGAUUGAAGCCUACCCGAAAACAACAGCUGUGCUUGUCCGAAACCAUGGCAUCUAUGUUUGGGGAGAUUCAUGGAUCCAUGCAAAAACUCAGGCUGAAUGUUACCACUACCUCUUUGAUGCGGCCAUAAAGCUUUACCAAUUGGGCCUAGACUGGUCUACUCCAAAUCAUGGUCCCCUCCAAAAUCUCAAAGAAGUUGUUGUAGGUGGUUGCAAUAAUGAAGCAUCUUCAAAGCAUUGUAUUGUUCUUGACAUAGAAGGAACUACUACUCCAAUAUCAUUCGUUACUGAUGUUCUCUUCCCAUAUGCUUGCAACAAUGUUCGCAAACAUUUGUCUCUAACAUUCGACACUGCAGAGACUAAAGAGGAUAUUAAGUUGUUGCGAUCUCAGGUGCAAGAUGAUCUGGAAAAAGGCGUUGCUGGUGCUGUGCCUAUUCCUCUUGAUGAUUCUGCAAAAGAGGAGGUUGUUGCAGCUUUAGUUGCAAAUGUUGAAGCCAUGAUAAAAGCUGACAGGAAGAUUCCUGCCCUAAAACAGUUGCAAGGUCAUAUAUGGGAAACUGGAUUUGAGAACAAUGAAUUGAAAGGAGAAGUUUUUGAGGAUGUACCAAGAGCUCUGGAGAGGUGGCACGCAUCGGGCAUAAAGGUAUACAUAUACUCCAGUGGCAGUAGGUUGGCACAGAGGCUUUUAUUUGGAAAUACGAAAUAUGGGGAUCUAAGAAAAUAUUUGUCUGGAUAUUUUGACACCUCAGUGGGGAACAAAAGAGAAACACGCAGUUACGUCGAAAUCAGAGAGUCUGUCGGAGUUGAUAAGCCAUCGGAAAUUUUGUUUGUCACCGAUGUCUUUCAGGAAGCUGUAGCUGCAAAAGCGGCAGGAUUGGAUGUGAACAUAUCCAUCCGACCCGGAAACGCUCCUCUUCCAGACAAUCAUGGGUUCAAGACCAUUCAAUCAUUUUCAGAAAUCUGAAGAGAGCUGGUAUGUGUGCCUCUUUUUCUAUGUUAGAAUGUACAAUAAAGCUUGAGAAGAGGAAUAUGUUUCACGAAGAAAUAACUCUCCAAUAUCUCUUGAGUUUGAAAUGCUAGUUUCUAUUGUCUGCAGUGGAAUUUGAGCAAUUGAGAGCAUCAAUAUUCUUCUUUUUUAAGUCUUAUUCAUUUCUUUCGUGAUGAUGAACGUUGUUAUCGUUACCUCUGACCAUCAUGUAUAGUGACACCCACCACGCUUUUAUGUUCCUAUCACUCUAUUCGAGACUAGAUUUGAUACCCCUAUUACAUGGAACCAUCAGGUUAGAAAGUUAAGUUCUACCAUUUGUACAAAUAAAGAAUGAAUUACAUUGCACGAAUUGAAAAUAUGAUUCUAGUU